AUAAAAACAAAAGAGAAAUAGCGGAGAUGUCAAUAUUGAAUCGAAAAAAGGAACCACAAGAGAACGGGGCCGUUAAUUUAGGGGCAAAAUAGAAGAGGAGGGCAGGGCAGUAGCAUUUGCAGAUGGUAGGGCAGGUCCUGGUGGGAUGCAUACCCAUCAGUGGCGCCUUGAGUUUCAGUAAUUCGAUACGACCAUGUCCCAGAGGAAGAGGAGGAGGAGGCAGAGCUCGGCGGAUUACGGUAUCAUCAUCAGUAAACGGCGGCCACCAGAAUCACUACGGUGUUCUGGGCCUUACACGCUAUGCCACCUCCGCCGAUAUCAAGAGGGCUUAUCGCCUUCUCGCUCGCAAGUAUCAUCCUGAUGUUAGCAAGGAUUCUCAAGCUGGACAAGUAUUCAAGAGCAUCCGUCAAGCAUAUGAGAUACUAUCUAAUGAAGCAACCAGGAUUGAGUAUGACCAAGAACUUAAAUUUCAGAAAGAGACUGGUAGACAAUAUAGAGGAAAACGGAACGACAGUCCUGAAUUCGAAGAUGGUGUAAGGAUCUAUAAGUGGGCUGAGGUGAGGCAGAAGAUUAAACGUGAGAGACAAUGGGAACAUUAUAAUGUAAAUGGAGAGACAUCAUAUGGUAAACCAGAUGAAGCAUCUGAAGGAGAACCAUCCCAGGAGAGAGGUUCCUUCAGCGAAGUGCUUAGAUCUGCCUUUGUAUCUCUGUUUUUAUUGCAGACGUUUGGAUCCCGUUUGUCUCUCACUUUUAGUAGUUUGAUGGCCUUGUUUGAUAGGAAGUUGGAUGCUGGAUAUAAGAUUGGUUAUGUCAUUGCAUGGAUCUUGGGUGGGAGGGGUGGUAUCUUGCUCACUCUGUGUUUAUCUUUUGCAAGUUGGGUUUGUGGAAAAACCAGCAGCAGUAUGGUUGCUCUGGUGGUGGUAGCCAUGUGGGUUGGCUCCAAUCUUGCAAGAUUUGCACCACUUCCGCAAGGUGCUCUUCUUACACUCCUCUACAUGUCUAUCAAGCUACAAGGUGAUUUGAAUUAAAACCAUAUCUGCUGCUUCAUCUUCAAUGUAAUUAUUAUAUAGAUAUUCUUACUUCUCCCAAUCAUUCAUUUUUUUUUUCUUUUCAAAAGGGAACAAAAAAAAAGAAAAAAUUGCUGUACAUAAGUUUGUAUGAAUUAACCUGGUUAUUUGUUUAUGACGAAAAUGGUAAUUCAUGCUCUUUGA